AUGGCUAUUAGAGACUCUAGUGGCUGGAAAGAAAACGCAGUAUCAUAUGUAGGAACGACUGGUUGUUCUUCCUUUAAAUUUUUUUUCGGUUCAUAUUGGGAUGGAUUUGCAGAAAGUUUUCAUUUCAAUACCAACAAGUGUCCAAUUUCUGCGGUAAUUUAGUCUCAAGAAAUCUUUGACUUUAUUAUUAAAAUAUAUAACGUUCUACUUUAUAUUUAUCUUUAGGGCGUCUACAAGACAAAUAGCUAUGAACUUCCAAGAACACUUUCGAAAUAAAAUUUUCCAGAGAAGUUUAAUUAAGGAACUUACAAAUUUCAAAUUUAUUAUCUCACUAGUAUUAAAAAAAUUGGGUAGUAUUGUUUUUGUGGCUGAAUUAAAACGUCCAAAGAAAUAAAAAAAAUGAUUUCUUUAAUAAUUUGUUUUUGGUAUUCUGGAUUAUUGUUAUUCAUAGAUUAGCGGUAAAAUGUAUAAGUUACUAGCAGUUUGUAUUUACCAAAACUUUAAUUUCUUUUGUACAGUUAUAAUAGUUAUAUAAAUGUACUUUUUUAUUAAAUUAUAAUAUAAUAAUAAUAAUUGUAAUAAUAUUUAUGUAUACUUGACAAAUAUAAAAUAUUACCAUAUAUAUUUAUAGUCAAAUACUUUUAAAAUAAAAUAUCAAAUAUGCAUUUUGAAUACAAGUAGCACAACAAUUUUAAAUGUAUUCUUAACAAUAAUAUUUAAACGACUUCACGUAUGAUUUACUAACAAUAUUAUUAAUAUCGUAUUGGUCUACGCAAAAUAUGUACCUUUGUGCUUAAUAGAACUUUUAGAUUCAGAGUGCAGCGAAAAUUUAAUCAAUAUUUUGGUACUUAAAGGUCAUUUUUGAUUUUCCAAGCGGUUUUCAUAACAAUUGGAAGAAACCCGGAAACUGUAGGGAAAAACUAACAAAUAUUUACAGCAUAACGAUAUCAUUGUUUUCGAUUCUUACAAACUAUUUAUUUACCAUAGAUAUUGUUACAAGAGAAAACUAUAUGAGGCGUUUUUAAUUGAAUUUUUAAUCUAGUCCAUGAUCAAAACAGUCGUUCUUGAUUUCUUUUGCAGUUUAUUUAAUAAUUUAGCAAAACUGAAAAAAAACGUAGAAAAUCCAAUCUAGAAUCACGUAUUAGUAUCUGCUUUUACAGUCAAAAGAGUUGAAUUUUUAUUUAAUUACUUAUUUGUGAUUACAUCUAUCAAUUCUUCUUUUAAUUUGGCGGAAUUUUUAGUUUCUGUAAAUAACGAGGGAUCUAAAACUAUCUAGAACCUGAAAAACUAAUUUCAAAAUUCUUAUUAAAAUAAAAUAUUAACAUUGAAACAGCCACCACCCGCUUUUAAAUUCCAGUAUUCUCAAUUUGAAAAUAUCAAUUCCAUUGUCCUCCUAAAUGGUUCCACUAUCUCAAGAGAGUGGUAUGGCUCAUUAUUGGAACCAGUGAUAUAAAGUCACAAAACGUGAUUUGUGUUUCUAAUAAUACACUACUGCUGCUAUUGAUUUAUCCUUAAAAUCAUAAAUAUAUUCAACGUACAGAUUAAUGAGAGAGAUUUUUGAAUGAAAAGAUCUUAUAAUUUUGGAUCAGCGGUUUUUCUGCAUAUACCUUAGGUAUCUAAAUAAAAUUAACUCGAUUGAGAUAUAACUCAUUAGUUUUAUGUAGGUCAGGUUAGCGGAAUCUGAGAAAAGUGGAAAUGAAUCUUUAAACUCCUAGAGUGGCUAUCAGAGUAACAUUAAUGUUAAUAUGACUAUAGACUACAUAGUUAAAAAUAAAUUUGCAAACUAUGUUCUUAAUUGAAAACAAUAUAAACCUACUAAAAUUAACUAUGUAUCUAUGUCAUUAGUAUACGAAAGUGUUGGUUAAUGUAAAAAAAAAAAAAAAUUAAAUAUAGGAAUACAAUAUAUAUCAAGAACAUAGAUUUCAAAUAACUUCGGGUAAUUUUUACAUAUACGCCAAAUGUAUUCGAAAAAAAUAAUUAAAAAUGACCUUUAGAGUAAGAUUUCCUAUCAAUAUAAUAGUGCUCAUACAAGCUUUUGAUUAUUUUUAUUACUCAACAAGUACGUAUUUUCAAAACAAAAAUUACUUUUUAUAACCUAACAAUUAAUUAUAUGCUAUCCUCAAAAUGAAAAAAAAUAAAUCGCUUAUCAGAUGUAAUUUUUAUUCGGUGUUAUUAUAAAACGCAAUGAUAAUAAAUUAUUAUACAUAGAUGUCAUCGGUUAUAAUAAUAAUAAAUUAUAACUCUGCCGGUGAUCAUUGUUAUACUUAAUAAUUAAAUAGGUAACCUGCUAUUAAAAUACAAUUCUUUACAGAACCCACACAAUAACAACAAAUUAAUUCACUAGCUUUUCAAAUUUCAAAUUUCGUUUUACGUUUUAUAGUUGAUGUGCAUAUGCUAUUAGAAGAGCUUUAAUUCUGCACGGUAUUGCGUAAAACAAAUUCGUACGUUAUUUCGUGUAACGAAUUAAACGAUUAUUUAUGAUCAUGAUAACCAUAAGAAUUAUUUUCAUAAUUUGUACUCAGUUUGUGUUUUACGUAAAUACCGCUCAAAAAUUUCUUCCGAAUUUACCGGUUGUAAGUAUAUUUUUAUAUUUUAAACACGCAUUUUAUUAUUGAAAAGAUAAAACACUUUAAUUUAUUCGAAGAUACAAGAGGACGAGUUAUCGCCAACAUUAUUUAAGGGGGCACACAUAGGCAAUUUACAAAACUAUAAAAAAAAUAUAAAAUUAUCAACUCAAACACAUUUAAAUUCACUAGCGAAUAAAAUGUGUACAAGUAUUUUUUUGUACAAUCAUGACAUUAAAUAAACCGNUAUUAAUUUAUAUCGAAACUAUUCCGAAUUUCUUUAAAAAAAAAAAGAAUAAAAGAAAGGUGUAUACGUUACAAAUAAAACUCUUCGUAACAUUUUAUAACAUUUCUAUAAUUAUAAAAACGAAAGAACAAAAUUAUCCCACGUUAAACAGUAAUUACAACCGAAUGAUUGUGGGGGAAGAGGUAUCAUGUUCCCAUAAAUAAAUAUCACUUAUUAUUGGUUCAGCCUAACAUCAUGAUAUUAUGUUUGUUUUUAAUCGGAUUAAUCAAUUUUAGGGCGAAUAUAUUGUUGGAUACAAGGCACUUAUGGCGUGUGAGAAACAUGACGAUUACCUUAUUGAACAUAAUUUAUACUUCAGCAAAAAAUCCAGUAACGUUACUGAAGUAAAAGGAAAUAUUACAUUCAAAGUUGAUUAUGACGAUUCCGUUAAAGUAAAUUUACUGAUUAUUCAAUUAUUAUUCGUAAAAUAAUUUAAUAUUUAUUGUAAAUGUAUACAUUAUUUACACUAUAGUUUAAUGCGCGGUUGGCUAUUAAAGAUUCAAUCGGUGGUUGGAAAGAUAAUGCAGUAAUCUAUUCAGCUCCGACAGGUUGCACAGCGUGGAAGUUUUUUCUCGGAUCAUAUUGGGAUAAUUUUUCAGAUACUUUUCAUUUCAAUACCAAAAAGUGUCCCAUUCCUAAGGUAAUUUUAUCCCUAGAACCUCUAUUACUAUUAAAAUACAAAACGCUGUACAUUAUUGGUGCUUAGGGUGUUUACAAAUCAAGUGGCUUUGAACUACCAGCUGUCAUUUCAACAUCAAAUUUUCCGAGAAAGUUUUUUUACGGAACUUACAAAUUCCGCAUUUAUUAUCACAACAGUUCCAAAAAAGAAGUUGGAUGUAUUAUUAUGGUUGUUGAGGUAAAACGUCCGUGGGAAUAAUAAUAACUUGUCUUAUUGUUAAUUUUUGCUUGGAUAUUAUGGAUUUAUUAUGCACCUAAUUUAAAGAUUGUUUAAAUAUAUCAGUAGACAUGUGUGAAUUUCAUUUUAAAUAUAAGGUUUUUUUAUAAUUAUAAAAAAAAUGUGUUCUUGCGUACAAUUGUAUUAUAUAUUGGUGUCACCAUUGUGUACUUAUAUAAUUAUAAAAAACGUUUAUGAAAAUACUGUUGCGACAAUUUUUGUACACCGAAGAAAAUAAUUAACUCGGUUUUAUGUUAAUUAAUAAUUAUACGUUAGAUUCGGACAAUGAUCCGAAAAUUGCAGUGACGACUAGUUGCUCUUUGUUUAAUUUUUUUUGUUUUAGUCAUUUUGUAAUGUAUUUUAGAAAGUUUUCAUUUUAAUACCAACAAGUAUUCAAUUUUUGCGGUAAUUUUUUCCCAAGAAAUGUUUAACUGUAUUAUUAAAAUAUAGAACGUUCAAAAUUAUAUUUUUCUUUAAUUUGCCUACAAGACAAAUUGCAAUGAACUUUUAAGAACCUUUUCAAUAUCAAAUUGUCCAGAUAAAUUUGAUUACGGAAUUUUUAAAUUUCGAAUUUAUUAUCACAAUAGUUCUAAAAAAGAAGUGGGUUGUAUUGUUUUUGUCAUUGAAUAAAAACGUCUUCAGAAAUAAACACAAUUGUUUUAUUUAUAAUUUGUUUUUGGCAUUAAGGGUUAUUGUUAUUUAUAAAUCAGCUGUAAAAUGUAUAAGAUAUUAGCAGUUUGUUUUCUACCAACUCUUUGAUUUAUUUUGUUUAGUUUAAAUUUUAUGAAUUUUUUUUUUAUAUUGAAUUGUAAUAUAAUUUAUAUAUGCAAUUUUAAAAUAUAAUAUAUUAAAAUAAAAAUGACUUGUGCUAAAAAAUGAUGCAUGUUAAAAUGUAACACACCUAUGAAUCCGAUAAAUGAUAAAUCUCACUACCGUAGUUUGGCAACGCUCUAAGUUCACAUCAAAUAAACAGAUAACAGAAAAUCGAAUAACUAUGGCACUCGGCACACGGACGCUCCGUUUUAUCGUGGAUCUUUAAAUUGUCUUUCGUGUAUUUUAAAAGCUGUAAACCGUAAUAUCCAUAGACCUUAUACUAAUAGACACGAAAUGAUUACAUACCGGAUGUGGAAUGAUAGAGGACGCUUUUCGUUGACUGAGUGACUGUAAAUUAUCAUGCAUACCAUAAAAGCACAAUAAAAUUAAGCCAUUAUCUCUUUUCUGAAUAUUCUGAAUAUUAAGUAUACUUAACUUUCCGAUGCCCCAAUAUAAUAUUACGAGUACCUACAACCUACUUAUUAAAUGUAUAAAUAACAAUUAAUACAAAUUAUAUACAAUUAUUCACUGUAAUACCGUUGAUUAUGUGACAUGCGUACCGAAGCGUACGAUAAUUUGCAUUAGUACAUUUGCAGAGUACACUUGGUCUCAGGGCGGGCUACAUCACUGCGAUAUGUUUCUACGCAGUUCAUAAUGCUGUAGUUAUACGAAUUUCGUAUCUAUUAGUAUGAGGUCCAUGGUAAUAUCAGUAAAAGUAAAAAUUGUAUUAUUGUAUAUCAGCAACACAGUACCAGUUUUCCCAAGAAAUCUUGAGGGUAUCUUAUGGAAUUUUAAUGAACUUGUUAAUGAUAUUUUUUGAAUCGGGGUGAAUAUAAUAAUCUAAUUUAAUCGAGAAUUAUUGAUACAAAUUUUUUUUUUUCUGGUUAAUAUUUGGUAAAAGUAAGCAAUUCUGGCGGUGGUGAAUAUCGGUGGUGAAGAAUAUUGGUAAACUAUACAUAUCAAGAAAUACCUGAUAUUUUACUUGGAUGUUUGUAAAAUAUAUUACUAUAGAAAAAAGACUUGUAGUACAGGAAAAAAAGGUAAAUUUUCGAUCAAUCAUAAUAAGGUAAGGGUUCUCAGAUUCUUGGUUUCGCCAACUAUUUAAAUAUAUUAGAAUCCCUUCCAAACACAACUAAAGCCAACAAGAUUUCAGAAGAAACAGCGAAGAAAACACAUCUCAAAAUUAAUGCUGAUAUAACAAAGGUAAUAAAACUUUUCAAGAGUGGAGAGAACCAAAAUGAGUGGAAGACUUAACUUACAAAAAAGUGAGCAAGUUAGUGAUGUUAAAUAUAUAGAAGCAAUCAUAUGAACUAUGAAUAGCUGGUCAAAGAAAACAAGUAUUCAAAUAAAUAAAGUUCAAAAACCUUUUCAUACGAUGUAGAAAUUCUUAAGGCCUAAUAUUGUAUCGAGAAAAUCGAAAGUAAGACCUAUUAUAAGACCAACUUUAACAUAUAGUUUCAAAGUGUGGGCGACAACAAAACAGACGGAAAGAAAAAUUAUAACUUUUAAGAAUAAAGUACGCAAGAAAUUAUGUGGAACUAUGAUCCAACUUUAAAUUCCUACUGUUAGUUAUUUGUGAAAGUUAUUUUUUUUUCUUUUUGAGAAGAUUGGUUGCUGCACUAAAUCCAUGUGCGUCUAAGUAAGAUGAUCAAAUUACAAUCAAAAUAUUUAUUACAACAGCCCACAAUCCAGUAUCUUGUGUUUAUCUGCUUUUACAGUCAAAACUGUUACAUUUUUAAUUAACUCAUCAUUUAUAAUUUUAGAUAAAUAAAUACAAUUUGUGGUUACUUCUAUCAAUUUUUCUUUUAAUUUUGUAGAAUUUUCAGUUUCUGUACAUAAAAGGAGAUCUAAAACUCAUUAUAACCUGAACAAUUUAUUUCAAAAUGUUGAUAAAAAAAAAAAAAAAAAACAAUUUUAUAAUCCAGUGUCCUCAAAUUGAACUUGUUAGAAGUGGAUUUUCAAACUCCCGAAGUGACAUAAAAGUUAAUAUGAGUCCCUGCAUAAUAAGACCCUGCAUAGUCUUAAAUUAAUUUAUAAACGAUGUUCUUGAUUGGAAGCAAUAAUAACAGUAUAUCUACAUACAUUCCAUGCAGUAUCUAUUCCAGACCUUCCAUCCCAGGGAAGGUAUCAUAAAUUGUCAAGGGGGUACAAUAAGAUAAGAGCAAAUAAUGAAGGGAAGUAAAAAUAAAUAUAAAUUGCAUAAACAGUUAUUUUUGUAGUUUUUGUUCACAUAAAAAGUGACUAAUGAGUAAUGGCCAAUACAUCCUAAAAAUACUUAAUGGUCAUUUAUAUUAAUAUUAGAUAGCUAUUUAAUUUAGAUAUCUAUGAAUACAUAGGUACAAAUGAUUUAUAUUAAAAGAAAAUCUUAUUGAAAUUCGGUAAUAUUAUUAAUAAUUAUACUACAUAAAUUAUAGAUUAUUUAUUAUUAUUAGGUUUAUUAAUGUUAUAGUUAUUAUUUAGUUAGUAAAAUAAACUCAAAUAUAAGAAUGCUGCGUUGUUUUUAAUGUGCAUAUAUAUCAAGUUUUAUGUAUCAUAUUAAAUUCUCUAUCACAUUAUUUAUUUAAUUUUAUCAUUAGUUGAUGUAGUGAUUCUUAAAUUACUUCGUGGAGGUAAUACCACCCGGUCACCCCCCUGAAAAAAACACUAAUUCUGUGUGUUCCUAAAUUCGGCAAAUUGGUCAACCGCUAAAUUUAACUGUUUUUAACCUCAGCUACUGACCAAUCCGUUGGAGAGGAAGUGAUCUAAAGGACUUCAUUAUCAGAAAUCUGAGAUUUUUGGAUGGCCUAAUGUUUAACCAGAUGGAUAUAAUAAACACGUACCAAAAUUAAAACACAUUUACUAACAUAUAUUUGUUAAAAAAAAAAUGAUUUGUUAAAAUUUGUUUUUGUUUAUUGUACUAACAUGUUUUCAAAUUCCAGUUCUACCACUCGACAAGCAUAGUACAAUCGAAAUACGGUUUUUGUGUGCUGGAAAUACUUUUAUAAAACAUAUAGAUGUUGAAACGAUUUGUAUAUCAUUUAAUCAUAGUAUGUAUACCUAAAUGCUAUUUUAUUGUGACUUAGCUAUACUUAUAGAUCUCGAUGAAAACUAAAUAUUGGUGAUUAUAGCCUAUUGGUAAUCUUAAUUAAUAGUGUUAAUAAAUAUGCUCAAACACAAAAACAAACAAAAUGUUCCUAAACUCUAUAAAUCUAUUGAAAAAUCAAGCAGAUUAGCAGAAUGAUUUAGGAACACAAAAAUAAUAUCUGUAUCUAUAUCAUUAGUAUACGAACGUGUUGGUUGGUGUAAAAAAAAAAUUAAAUAUAGGAAUACAAUAAAUAUAAAGAACAUAGAUUUCAAAUAACUUCGGGUAAUUUUUCCAUAUAUGCCAAAUGUAUUCGAAAAAAAUAAUUAAAAAUGACCUUUAGAGUAAGAUUUCCUAUCAAUAUAAUAGUGCUCAUACAAGCUUUUGAUUAUUUUUAUUACUCAACAAGUACGUAUUUUCAAAACAAAAAUUACUUUUUAUGACCUAAUAAUUAAUUAUAUGCUAUCCUCAAAAUGAAAAAAAAUUAAUCGCUUAUCAGAUGUAAUUUUUAUUCGGUGUUAUUAUAAAACGCAAUGAUAAUAAAUUAUUAUACAUAGAUGUCAUCGGUUAUAAUAAUAAUAAAUUAUUACUCUGCCGGUGAUCAUUGUUAUACUUAAUAAUUAAAUAGGUAACCUGCUAUUAAAAUACAAUUCUUUACAGAACCCACACAAUAACAACAAAUUAAUUCACUAGCUUUUAAAUUUUCAAAUUUCGUUUUACGUUUUAUAGUUGAUGUGCAUAUGCUAUUAGAAGAGCUUUAAUUCUGCACGGUAUUGCGUAAAACAAAUUCGUACGUUAUUUCGUGUAACGAAUUAAACGAUUAUUUAUGAUCAUGAUAACCAUAAGAAUUAUUUUCAUAAUUUGUACUCAGUUUGUGUUUUACGUAAAUACCGCUCAAAAAUUUCUUCCGAAUUUACCGGUUGUAAGUAUAUUUUUAUAUUUUAAACACGCAUUUUAUUAUUGAAAAGAUAAAACACUUUUAUUUAUUCGAAGAAACAAGAGGACGACGAGUUAUCGCCAACAUUAUUUAAGGGGGCACACAUAGGCAAUUUACAAAACUAUAAAAAAAAUAUAAAAUUAUCAACUCAAACACAUUUAAAUUCACUAGCGAAUAAAAUGUGUACAAGUAUUUUUUUGUACAAUCAUGACAUUAAAUAAACCGUUUAAACAUCGAAAUUCCUCAGCAAAUUAGAAAAAACUCUACAUGUUCAUUGACUUGUAUAUUAUUUGUUAGUAUAAACACAAUAAUUGUAUUCAUUUUGUUUAACUAUGGUUAUUUGUUUCGGUUUAUUAAUAUUAAUUUAUAUCGAAACUAUUCCGAAUUUCUUUAAAAAAAAAAAGAAUAAAAUAAAGGCGUAUACGAUACAAAUAAAACUCUUCGUAACAUUUUAUAACAUUUCUAUAAUUAUAAAAACGAAAGAACAAAAUUAUCCCACGUUAAACAGUAAUUACAACCGAAUGAUUGUGGGGGAAGAGGUAUCAUGUUCCCAUAAAUAAAUAUCACUUAUUAUUGGUUCAGCCUAACAUCAUGAUAUUAUGUUUGUUUUUAAUCGGAUUAAUCAAUUUUAGGGCGAAUAUAUUGUUGGAUACAAGGCACUUAUGGCGUGUGAGAAACAUGACGAUUACCUUAUUGAACAUAAUUUAUACUUCAGCAAAAAAUCCAGUAACGUUACUGAAGUAAAAGGAAAUAUUACAUUCAAAGUUGAUUAUGACGAUUCCGUUAAAGUAAAUUUACUGAUUAUUCAAUUAUUAUUCGUAAAAUAAUUUAAUAUUUAUUGUAAAUGUAUACAUUAUUUACACUAUAGUUUAAUGCGCGGUUGGCUAUUAAAGAUUCAAUCGGUGGUUGGAAAGAUAAUGCAGUAAUCUAUUCAGCUCCGACAGGUUGCACAGCGUGGAAGUUUUUUCUCGGAUCAUAUUGGGAUAAUUUUUCAGAUACUUUUCAUUUCAAUACCAAAAAGUGUCCCAUUCCUAAGGUAAUUUUAUCCCUAGAACCUCUAUUACUAUUAAAAUACAAAACGCUGUACAUUAUUGGUGCUUAGGGUGUUUACAAAUCAAGUGGCUUUGAACUACCAGCUGUCAUUUCAACAUCAAAUUUUCCGAGAAAGUUUUUUUACGGAACUUACAAAUUCCGCAUUUAUUAUCACAACAGUUCCAAAAAAGAAGUUGGAUGUAUUAUUAUAGUUGUUGAGGUAAAACGUCCGUGGGAAUAA